AGCUCCGCACCUCUCGGGCCCAGAGCAUCGGAGCAAAGAAUCAGGGGAAACGGCGAUGAAGGUACAAUAUUUUGCAGGAGCAGAAACGGAAGAAGGAGCAAGAAAGCCAACCAGUCUGGUUCAGCCUCUGUAUAUGACAGAACUGCCAACAUGUGGAGCGUCACAAAAAAUCAAAAUGGAGCCUCUGAGGGGGACGGAAGAGCGCUGGGAGGCCCAGUGGCAGGAGUUCCUGAGGACGCUCCAUCCUGGAAGAGGUGGAAACCCCGUGAUGAUGUCAGAGGCCUCCCCCUGGGAAGACCCCAAGGCCUUCCUGGCCUCCUUUGAGCAGGUGGCCACAGCCUGCCGGUGGCCCGGAGGAGAAUGGACGGCCCGUCUCCGGCCAGCUCUGAGCGGAGGAGCGGAAGAGGCCUUCCAAACCCUGGAAGACCGAGACCAAGAGGAUUAUGGGAAAGUCAAGGCGGCCAUCUUGCGAGGGGAAGCCCUGAGGAUGGAGAUGCAACGCCAGCAUUUUCGGCAGUUCUGCUGCCAGGAGGUGGCAGAUCCCCGGAGGAUCCAUAGCCAACUCCAGGAGCUUUGUCGCCAAUGGUUGAGGCCGGAGAGACGCACCAAGGAGCAGAUCCUGGAGCUGCUGAUCCUGGAGCAGUUCCUGACCAGCCUCCCAUCGGACCUCCAGAGCUGGAUCCGGGCAGGAGGACCAGAGACGUGUUCCCAAGCGGUGGCUCUGGUCGAGGACUUCCUGAGGAGCCAGCAAGACCCCAAGCCAGGCAGGUGGCAGAGUUGUACAGAACAACCCCAGAUGGUUGCGUCUUUGCCAGUCGUCAAGCGGCCGCUCUCCCGGCCAAGCCAAGAAACCUUCGCUUGGAAAGUCCUCCAAGACAAUUGUGGGAACGCUGGCAGCUCGGGGGAUGGAAAGAGAAGUUUGGUGAAAGUGGAGACUCUUCAGGAUGGAGAAAAGAAGCCAGGAGAGGCACAUGGGGCCCUUUCACUGCUGAAUUUGGGGGAUGUCACACCAGUCGUGGAAAGACUGGAGGGAAGAAGCGAAUCCCAAACCCGGAACGAAUGCGUUCGGCGUACUGGGAGUUGUACGGUUGCCACACUCGAAAAUACUACAAACCCCACUUGGGAUAAAAUGCCACCGUUCUCCUGUUACGGCAGAAAAUACCGCUACAGAUUUGACCUUGGAAUGCAACCUUCCGGGGAGGAAUACAAAACACACCUUUUGUCAGAGGAAAACCUGCUGCCUAAUUCAUCUUUUUAUAAACUGGGAAAAAUCCUAACCGCAAAUCGAAGCUACGAAGCCUCUGGACGCGGGAACGGGAGUGGUUUGAAGAUCUUUCCGAGCCUCCGUGCGGAUUGGAAGCCAAACAGCGGUGCCGAAAGCGGGAAGAAUGUUAGUUGCACGCAGCCGCUGAAUAGAAGACAAGACUUGGGAACCGAAGUGAGGAUCAAUAAAUGCUUUCAGUGUGGGAAGUGCUUCGCUCAGAAGGGGGAUCUUAAGAAUCACCAACGCAUUCACACCGGCGAGCAACCGUACGAGUGCUCUUUCUGCGGAAAAUGCUUCAACCAGAAAGGAAACUUGAAGACCCACCAGAGGAUUCAUACCGGAGAGAAGCCCUACAAAUGUUUGCAGUGCGGGAAGUGCUUUAUCCAGGCGGUCCUUUUGAAGAACCAUCAAAGGACCCACACGGGGGAGAGACCCUACAAAUGCUCUCAGUGCGGGAAAAGUUUCAACCUGGGAGGAGACUUAAAAAAGCACCAGAGGAUUCACACGGGCGAGAGGCCGUAUAAGUGUUCUCUGUGUGGGAAAGACUUCAGCCAGAUGGGAAACUUGAAGAAGCACCAGACCAUUCACAUGGGGGAGAGAUGAUAAAAGUGGUCAGUGCAUAAAAAGCAUGAAUGGUGUAAAGCGGGGAUCUUGGCAAUUUUAAGAAACUUGUGGACUUCAACUCCCAGAAUUCCUCUGCCGGCCAUGUUAUUUUGACAGCUUGAACAUGUAUGGACUUCAACUCCCAGAAUGCUUGCUGGCUGAGGAAUUCUGGGAGCUGAAGGCCACAAGUCUUAAAGUUGCCACGGUUGAAGAACCCCGGUGUAAAGAAUAUGAGAAUAGUUAUCAGACCAAGAAUCCUUGCAUCCAGAGAACGUUUGAAAAUUUAUAAAUAAUAAUAAUAAUACCUGAAAACACUGAAUUAUUUAAAAAGUAUUUUUCUUUAAAUAGAUUGUACUCACAAGUGACCCCCAGCUCCAGCUGCAGUUAGAUGCUUGUAACCCUAAAGCAGUAUUUGUAAAUCUCAAUACCUUUAUAAGACAUCCACAUGUCAACUCCCAGAAUUCCCCAGCCAGCACAUAUUCUAGGAGUUUGAAGUGCACACGUCUUCAAGCUAUCAAAGUUGAGAAGUUUGGCUAAAAAUGUACGGUAAGUAACUCGGAGUGUCAGCCUUCCUUUAUCUAAGGAUAUCAAAGUAAAUAAACCUGUCUCGAAAAAUACUCUUUA